CUAACACAGUUUCUUCUUCCCCUUCGCCGCCAGGCAGAGAUUUCCAGAAAAAAGAGCGAAAAAAAAAAACGCUUCACUUAUAAUCCAUCGGUUUCAGGAAGGACCAAAAUUGAAAAGAGGAGAGAAAAUCGCAUAUGGGUUUCUCUCUCCGGGUUUUUUGUUAAACCCAUUCAGUCUAAACCUUCCUGUUGCCAUCGAUGUUCAUGCUGGGAGCUUUUUUGCGGGUCGGGUCGAUUGCUGCUUGGGUUUUUCAUGUUAUUGCUCGCAUGGGCAUAACGGAAACUCUUACUUAUUAGAGAUGAGCUACAACGAAGUUCCUUCAUGUGAAAGCAUGCCAAAUAAUCUGCAGAUUUCUAUGCAUGAAGCUCACUGUGCUGGUGACUCAAUGAAACCACCUACAUUCGUAAAUCAUGGUCUUCUUCUCUGGAACCAGGAAAGAGAGAAAUGGAUAGGCAGUAAAAAGGAUGUAACUCGUUCGAAAAAGUGGCGUAAGAGAUUUUGUUGUGGAGAGAGUUCAGCUUACGAUAAGAUGCUCGGAAAGAAGAAGCCAUUUCCCCAUCCCAUUCCUCUUCAUGAAAUGGUCGAUUUUGUGGUCGAUAUUUGGGAGCAAGAAGGAUUGUAUGACUGAAUCCCACGCCGUGUAGUAAAUGCAGAUUUGUAAAAAGAAAUGUAAAGGAAAGGCUGUUUAUUACAUGAAGAAAUUCUUGUGCUGUAAGAACGAGGGGAAUAAGGAUUUCCUUGCAUCGAUAUAAUCCGCUUUUUUAUUUAGAAAUAUUUAGUGUAACCUUUACUGUUAUGAGAGAAGUACUUGCAAGAAAGUGAUG